AUGACCUACAGGGCCUCCCUGUCCCUUAUUGAUCAAUUUGCCAGGGAAAUCCUGAUAGACGGUAAAUGGAAGAAAACAUUGUACUACUGGUCAGAAAGGAAUAUCCCUGGUCCAAAACCGAUCCCAAUAUUUGGCAACUAUUUGAACUUCUUUUUCAAAGAUUUGCCUCAUUUGGAGUUAGAGUGGUAUCACAAAUACGGACGACUUUAUGGAACCUUUGCGGGUGAGAAACGUGAGCUAAUGGUGUCGGACCCGGAGAUCAUUAAACAACUUCUGGUCAGAGAUUUCUAUUCGAUACCAAACAGGAGAGACAUUGGGACCCGACUUAAGGUAUUCAUGUCUGUUAUGUUUCUGUCGAGGGAUGAGAACUGGAAGCGCAUCCGAGCCAUUGCCAGCUCUUCGUUCACAUCCAGCAAAAUAAAGCAAACGAUUGGUCUCAUCAACGAGUGCUGCACUGAUUUCAUCAAACAUUUGGGCAAAAUGGCUGACAAUAAGAGCGAAAUUGAUUUGAAACUCAUGACCAGUGCCUACACCAUGGAUGUGAUCGCCAGAUGCGCCUUCACUUCCAAGACAAACACAUACGAAGACCCGAUCCUCGAGGCCAGUGAUGUCACUGAAGCGCAUCAUAUGGUCGAAGGCAACGACGAAACGAAGGCCAGUAUUAAAGCCUUCAGUAAUGUGGUCGAGAAGAAGUUGACUGAGGAUGAGAUCGUCGGCCAGUGCUUCCAGUUCUUCACGGCUGGCUUCGAGACAACGGCCAAUACUCUGGCGUAUUGUAUGUAUGAGUUGGCAAUCAAUCCGACACUUCAGGACAGACUCCGCGACGAAACGAAAGCCGCGUUCAAUGAAAAGCGAGAAAUCAAUUGCGAGGUAUUAUCGAGACUGCCGUUCAUUGACGCUCUCGUAUCGGAAACAUUGCGCUGUUAUCCGCCGUUACUCCGAUUGGAAAGGGAUGUCAAUCAAGACAUAGUGUUGGAUAAAAAUGGCCUUAAGAUUGAGAAGGGAGUGAUUGUUCAGAUCCCCUUAUAUGCUAUUCAUCACGACCCGGAUAACUAUUCGGAUCCCUAUUACUUCAAUCCGGACAGAUUUAUGCCCGAAAAUCGUCAUAACAUCAAACCCUAUACUUACCUCCCAUUUGGUGUCGGCCCUCGAAAUUGCAUUGGAAUGCGAUUUGGAUUAUUGGAAAUGAAGUUAAUUUUGGCAAAGAUUUCGCAACAAUUUGUGCUCAAAAGAGUUGCCUCGACUACAAUUCCGGUCAACUUUGUUAAGGGACGACCUGUACUACUGUCCAAACCUAUUAGUAGUUUGAAUUUGUUUAACCCUGAUAGGUUUAUGCCUGAGAAUAGACAUAAUAUCAAACCCUACACAUACCUACCCUUCGGUGCGGGUCCUCGAAGUUGCAUUGGUAUGAGGUUUGCAUUACUCGAAGCCAAGUUAGCUUUGGCUCAUAUUAUCAGAAGAUUUAAUUUUAUUAAAAUCCAGAAUACAGACGUUCCCCUCCAAUACAAAAGGGCAUAUCGUAUAACAACUCCUAAAAGAUCGAUUAUAGUACUCUUGUAUUUAUCCAGAGGGUUUUCCUAUUGGUCUAAAAAGGGGAUCAAAGGUCCUAGACCAAUUCCAAUUUUUGGUAAUCUAUUGGACUUUUUCAUAAUACCUCAACCCUUGCAAGAACUCAAAUGGUUUAAAAAAUAUGGAAAAAUUUAUGGUCAUUACCUUGGUAAAACUCCAGUUUUGAACAUAAGUGAUCCGGAAUUGAUUAAACAAAUCAUGGUAAAAGACUUCCAUCUAUUCCCGAAUCGAACCAAUUUCGGUCGAAGUAGUGAUGCGAUUCUGAGCAGAACUUUGGUUCAAUUGACUGGCGAUGACUGGAAGAGAGUCCGAUCCAUAGUUACCCCGACAUUCACUUCCGGAAAGAUGAAGAAAAUGUAUCCAAGAAUUAGGGAGUGUUUGACAGACUUUAUGAACCAUUUGGAGGGCUUUGCCGCUAAGAAAGAAGAGGUGAACGUAAAGGACUUGUACGGGAACUACACUAUGGAUGUGAUCGCCACGUGUGCCUUCGCCACCAAAACUGAUGUCCAUAAAGCACUGGAUAACCCAUUUGUAGUAAACGCGAGGAUUACGUUCAAUCAAAACCCUCUUAGAAGAAUAGCCCAAAUGAUGUUACCAGGGUUUGUACAAAGAAGGUUAGGGUUGUCCGCACCAACCACCAGAGACUUCUUCUUGGGAUCCAUUCGUCAGAUCCUCUCAAAUAGACGACAAAAUCAGAAUCAGAAAUACAAUGAUUUCUUACAACUGCUUAUUGAUGUGGAAAAAUCAAAUGACAUCACAAGAGAUGAGAAUGAUAUCAAUGAAUCACAUCAUGUGAAUGAAGGUGAGGAAGAGUUGGCGGUUGAAAGAAAAGCAUUGAAUAUAAAUGUUGUGAAUAAGCACUUGACUGAGAAUGAGAUCCUCGCACAGGCUAUGAUUUUCCUUUUGGCCGGGUAUGAGACGACGGGAACAUUGCUUUCAUUUUGUACGUAUGAAUUGGCACUCAAUCCUCACGUCCAGGAAAUACUAAACAAAGAAGUAAACUCUGCCAUCGAUUCCAACGGAGAGAUUGAUUAUGAUUUGUUGUCAAGACUUCCGUAUUUGGAUUCAGUCAUCUCAGAAACAUUGAGACUCCACUCCCCGGCCCAACGUUUGUCNGGUCAGUUUAAAGAAGAAUUGACAGGAAGUCUCUUCAAUCGCGUGCUUCAUAUUUAUUAA